GUUUGGUGCGAAAAGGUGCUUUGUGUGUGAACGGAAUUGUAAAGGGAAGAUCAGGCCACACAAAAUGCAACAGUCCAUGGUAAUAAGAUGGUGUCUUCUAUUUCUGGUUGCCUUCCAAAGCAUGGAGGUCAACCAGGCAGCUCGGAUUCUAGCACCAUUUUUCUUUCCUGGCAAGAGUCAUUUAAUUAUGACAAACGCCAUUGUCAGGGAGCUGGUGAAACGAGGACAUGAGGUAACUUUUAUCACAGCGUUUUCUUUGGCGAAAGAAAACUUGGGUCCCAACUACAAGGAGGUCUUAAUACCGCAAUAUGAUUUUUGGCCGAGGAUAAAGGAGAAAUCCAAAAAGACAACUGUUCUGGAAAUGGCUGAUCUGUCCAGUCUAACAUUCAUAGCCUUAUGCCAAGAUAUGGGACUACAUAGUACCGAUUUUGCUUUCCAACAGCCAGAGGUGCAGGCCCUUAUUCAGGCCAAGAACAAGCUCGGCAAAUACGAUUUGCUCUUGGCAGAGGAAUUUUACAAUGAAGGUGCUCUAAUAUUAGGCCACCUGUACCAAAUACCGAUUGUGACCAUCUCCACCUUCGGUUAUACCAACUACUUAAGUAAUAUGUUUGGAUUCGUAGCGCCUUGGUCGUUUGUGACCCAUAUGUAUUUGCCUUAUACCGAUCGUUUAUCGUUCAGUGAACGCAUCCACAACACUUACCUGUGUACCAUGGAGGUGUUUCUGCGAAGAUUCUAUUACCUGCCCGCCCAAGAUGCGAUUCUCAGAAAACAUUUCAGCCAUUUGCUAGACGAGGUGCCAACCGUUAAGCAACUGAACAACAACGUAUCUGCGAUUUUGAUAAAUAACUUCAUGCCCCUUGACGCGCCACGACCCACCUCCUUUAACAUGAUCCCAGUGGGUGGACUGCAUAUUGUGCCGCCAAAGCCUCUGCCCAAGCACUUGCAGGACUUUCUGGACGGAGCCACACACGGAGCCAUUUACUUCAGUCUGGGAUCGCAGGUGCGCAGCGCGGAAUUUCCACCGGAAAAAAUUCAAAUACUCCUCGAAGUCUUUGGCAGUCUGAAGCAACGAGUUCUGUGGAAGUUCGAGGCUGAUAAGUUGGACCACCUGCCGGAUAAUGUCAUGAUCCAGAAUUGGUUGCCUCAGGCCGAUAUAUUGGCACAUCCAAACGUGAAGGUUUUCAUUGCACAUGGCGGGCAGUUUGGCAUACAAGAGGCUGUAUAUUAUGGCGUCCCACUGCUGGGUAUACCCAUCUAUGCCGAUCAGCACGGAAAUAUACAUAAAAGCGUUGCUAAGGGCUAUGCGUUGGGUCUUAGCUAUGACGCCAUAUCGACAGACACCCUUAAUGGAUCGCUUUCGGAGCUGUUGUACAAUCCAAAGUACCAGACGAAUGCGAAACGCGCUUCACGCAUCUAUCGCGAUCGACCUCUUGGGGCUAUGGACACAGCUAUGUACUGGAUCGACUACGUCAUAGAGCACCGGGGCGCUCCUCACAUCAUCUCGGCCUCUUUGAGUCUCAGCUGGUACCAGUUGUAUCUAUUGGAUGUGCUGGCAGUUGCUCUUGUCAUUAUUCUAAUACCCCUGCUGGGGCUCUACUUCCUCUGCACCAAGUCCUCUCGGAGAACCCCAACAAAAGUGAAGAGAAACUAGAGAUGUGAGACGAGAUUAGAGAUUUUGUUGGAACUCAAAACAUUUUAUUGAUGAACAUGUUAAUAGGUAUCUUUAAACUAAUAUCAUUUGAAUACAAAGUGCAAAUACAAUAUAUGAGUAGUACUUGUAUA